AUGUUUAUUGCGUUCAAAGCCCAGAACGGCGAAGAGGGGUUGCGUAACCCAAAACAUAAACGGCGGAGUGAACGACUCAGCCGACGAGGAUCUACACCGCGAGCCUGUACUUCGUGUCGCCAUCGCAAAAUUAAAUGCGAUGGCGAGAAGCCCUGUGAAGCUUGUCGAUGGUACAAGAAGCCUGGGCUAUGUAACUAUACGGGACCUCGCUCAUCGCCUAGCCAGCCAGAAAAAUCGACAAUAACCUCACCCGACUACAAAAGCACACUCGAACGGCUGUUUCCUGACACUGCUCCCGAGAACAUCGCCAAUUUUUCAAGGGAUAAGUUGUUAGAAUUGAUGGCUGCAGGCGGAUCCCAAUCCCAACAUUCUCAGCCUCAAGACUCAUCGAUUGUUGCCUCGUCCCUAAACACCCACGACUCUGCAUUAUCGGGAGAGAUGCCUGGUUUGGAGUCACUACAUACAAUACCCGGAGAGCAACUCGAUGAAAUCCACAGUGCUAGUGCCUCGGAAUCAGUUGGGCAUAUCUCGGACGACGUCAACGCAUUAUCCCUGUCGGCUCGGCACCCAACCUCGUACCUAGGUGUUUCAUCCAUUCAGGCUGCACUGAAGGUCAUCGCGUGGCUCCAUCCAGCAGCAAACUCAUACUUCGCUCAAUCCUUGUGUAAAGACCAAGAUCCACAGCCAACUAGCUCACUACCCCUGUCGCAAGCUGUACCUCUAUCCGAUACCCCACCCACAGAACAUCAAAUACUCGAUGCGUACUUUGUCAACUUCCAGCAUUUUGCGCCACUUAUAGACGAAGAAUCUUUUCGUACCACCUACUUACUUGGCCGUCGGAAGGAUGAUCGAUGGCUUGCACUUCUCAAUAUAGUUCUUGCGCUGGGGAGUAUUACAGCCGCAGGCGCAGAUAACCAUGCCCACCGUGUGUAUUUUGAUCAUUCAAUGGAUCACUUAAAUAUCCGUUCACUCGGAAAUCCCAGCCUUGAAGUUGUUCAGGCCCUAGGACUCAUGGGCGGCUGGUAUUGUCACUAUACUAGCCAGCCGAAUCUCGCAUACUCCCUUAUGGGGGCGUCGCUGCGGAUGGCAAUUACGUUAGGCCUGCAGCGGGAACCUUCCGAUAUUCAUUCGAUACUCGACCCUAAAAAGUCCGGAAUCCGGGAAUUCAAACGUCGCAUCUGGUGGUCACUUUGCUGUUUGGAGACCUGGGGCCAUGAAACGCUCGGCCGACCAAGUAUGGAUUACUUUGGCCCCAGCAUCACAGUCAAUUUGCCUAGCCGGCUUGAUAAGGAAUCUUAUUUCGAGGUGCUCCCCUUGACAGAAAAUGUCCAAUUCGUGAAGAUUGCGUUAAAAAUUCAAGAAUCAUUGGCUGCGCUACCACCCCUAUCCCACACGGAGAUGUUCGAUCUGGACUCGCAGCUUGUUCGGUGGUGGCAUGACCUGCCGCCGGUCCUCAAGGAUUACGAACCCUGUCCCGAAUCACUAUAUGCAGUGCGCACUGUGAUGCGUUGGCGAUUCUACAAUCAUCGCAUGUUACUUUUUCGCCCAACUCUACUGAAUUACGCAAUGCGACGAAUUCCCUUCAUGGCUAUUCGGGUUGAAGAACGUACUGCUAUCCAAAAAUGCCAAGAAAUUGCAGCAGGUUCAAUCCAAGAUAUCUCCUCAACAACCCAGUUAAAUCAGAUGAUCGGUUGGAACGCUGUUUGGAUGUUAUUCCAGGCCACUAUGGUUCCAUUAAUUUGUUUGUCCGCUGGCGUCGCAGAUCACGAUUCCGCUGCUUCAUUUGAAGCUUGCAAGACGCAGGUAGAAACUGCCAUGUUGACCCUUGGCCGCAUGAAGCCUUACGGGCACACCGCAGGACGCUCCCUUGAGGUUAUAUCGGGCAUUCUCGAGUCGAAUCUUCAUGCUCCCAGGGCAUCGCCAUUUGAUGCAAGUGGAGAUGGUCUCGACCCCCAAACUUCCCCUCCUGUGAAUGCUUUCAACACAGGCCAACAGGUCGCUCGAGAUCGCGUUUCAGAUUGGACUGCUACUUCCUUUGAAACACUUUCCUCUCAUCACAUGUGGGAAUAUUUGAGUUGGGAUCAUAGCAAUCUCUGGCCUGAGAUUUUUGACCUCAAUGCUCAGAAUGAAGAAGCCGCAAUGUCGUUUCUGGAUUCCUCUGGAGGAAACACGUGA